GGAACUUCCAUCCGACUUUCUACAGCUUUGGAACUGUAUUUCAUUUUUUCUCAUGUAAUUAUCUGGAGUAUGGCUGUAUGCAAUCGUUGGAUAAGUGGAAGUUAUGAAGAAAAGUUCUGGACCACCUUUCUCUAGUCCACUCAUCUCAAACAUCGGUUUGAGAUGAGAUGAACUUUUUUCUGGUCUUUUGACAUCUCAGACCCAAUCAUCAACAUCACAAAACGCCAAGAUGUCCUGUCACAAGCACAACUUCCAUUGCUUCAGUGCUGUUGGAAGAGAAGGCUAUCACAAAUCCUCUCUCCCCUUUGAGCAUCACACCACCUGGCUACCCAGGAUCCCCCAACAUGGCAUGGCAGCCUAUCAUGAAUUAGAACAGGAAUGUCGUCUUUGCUCCACGUACAGACAUGUACAAACUCUAGAAGAUGCAGAAAACCAACUGUUGCCUUUCUAUCACACCCACCCACCAUAUCAUCAUCAGCCGCACCAGUAUGUUCUCAGGGGGCCAAGUGGACAUGAAGAGACACACUCAGCCAAUGAAUGUCACCUUCAUGACCGAAGAAACAAUAAAAAGAUUGUGCUGGUGAAAAACAGCGACCCUUCAUUUAAGAAGACCAUAAUGUUGCACUUUAGGGGUCUACACAGCUUUGGUCUGUUCUUGGAAGAGGUCUCUGAGCUUAUGCAGUACCACAUCAGGAAACUGUACACUCAGGAGGGCUAUAAGGUUGACAGCAUUCAGAGCCUCCUGCACUGCCCAGGUGUUCUCAUUUGUGUGGGACGGGAGCCUUCUCACCCAUUAAUCAUGGAUAAUUUUGACAAGACAUCCAGCUACACACUUCCAAAGCUGAGUGGGAAGUCACGUGCCACUGAACACACAGAAGGGAAAGAAAGACUCACUGCAAAGACAAGUAUCAUCCUCCCAAAUUUGGAAGAUGACAACAGAGCCACCAAGCACUCGGUGUCAUCUGGCAAAUCUGUACCAGACGGAAGAGACUCUGCAGACAUUGUUAACUCCUGCCCACCUGGUGGUGACAGCAUGAGAGACGAUGACAUAGAGAAACAGGCACCACAUGUACAACAUAAGUCAGAAGAGGAUCUGGAAAAACAGGCUAUGGAUGAUUCAGAGCUGAGGACACAGAGUUCGCUGUCAGCUUUAUCCACUGUGUCAGCUGAAUUAAAGACUCUAGCACAAGAGGCAUCUGAGGAGGACAAUCAGAAUACAGCUGAGGAAAACGAGAAGGACUCUGAACCGAGAUAUGUCACUGAGACAGGAGGAUACAUCUGUGAGAGCAACCAGUGCUUUGUCAUCAAAAUCCAAUAUAUCUACAAAAUCUAG